AUGUGGGCGUGGCCUCCGCGCGCACCGCCCUUUGUGCUCAUGCGCCCAGACAGCCUAGUAAUGGCUGCGCCCGAGGGGUCGCUGAGAAAACGAAAGGUCGGAGGUGCGGAGCACAGUCCAGCGUCGCCAUCCGCUCUGACUAGAGAUCCCGCGGACUCUCCAGCCCGGCUACACACGGGCACCUUCUGGCUGACCAGAGUCGUGCUCCUGCGGGCCCUCGCUUUCAUUUACUUUGUGGCCUUCUUGGUGGCAUUCAAUCAGAACAAGGCCCUCAUCGGUGACCAGGGCCUGCUGCCCUGCAGACUGUACCUGAAGAAUGUCCAGCAGUACUUCCACGGCAGGACUGGCUGGAGUCCCUGGACCUAUACUCCAACCAUUCUGUGGCUGUUGGAUUGGUCAGACAUGAACUUCAACCUGGACCUGCUUGCUCUUCUUGGGCUAGGCCUGUCCUCCUUUGUCCUGGUGACCGGCUGUGCCAACAUGAUAUUCAUGGCUGCCCUCUGGGCCCUCUACAUGUCCCUGGUCAACGUAGGGCAGAUCUGGUAUUCUUUUGGAUGGGAGUCACAGCUACUGGAAACAGGAUUCCUGGGAAUCUUUCUGUGCCCUCUCUGGACGCUAUCCCGCCUCCCUGAGCGCACCCCGACAUCCAAAAUCGUCCUGUGGGGCUUCCGCUGGCUGAUCUUCAGAAUCAUGCUUGGAGCGGGCCUCAUCAAGGUCCGUGGGGACAAGUGCUGGCUGGAUCUGACCUGCAUGGACUUCCACUAUGAGACUCAGCCAGUGCCCAACCCGGUGGCCUACUACCUGCACAGGUCACCGUGGUGGUUCCACCGCUUUGAGACACUCAGCAACCACUUCCUGGAGCUCCUUGUGCCUUUCUUCCUGUUCCUUGGACGGCGGAUGUGCGUUCUUCACGGGGUGCUGCAGAUCCUUUUCCAGGGCCCCCACUGUGUCCAGUCCAGUCUGGAUUCCGGGGUCCCUUUAUCAGCUUCCACAAGCCCACAGCCGUGUCUGGUUGUCCUCCGGGAGCUGCCCAAGAGCAGCAACACAGACCUUGCUCAGGCCCACUAUGGCCCCACGCACCCUCCCUGUAAAUCCAAUCCUAAAAUGUUAAGUUUCUUGCUACCGGGAGUCGGGCACCCCAGCCGCAGGGAUGACGGGCCUGCCCUGCCAGGCCAGGGUCAUCCUGUGGUUUUGGUUUUCCAUUUUCAGUCUUGA